AUGACGACGCCCUGGGAAGCGGAGGCGCGCCUGCCGGCCAUGCCUCGGCCUGCCACGCCGCAGCGCUCCAUGAGCAUGUUGCAUCACGUAGGGCAUGCGGCACCCGUGAGUGCGGACCGUGCCCCGCUGCUACGACGCUUGAGCACGGAUCAACAGUCGACAGAAAAGCCGCUGCUGAGGGAGUUUUCCGUCGACGUUGAGGAGACGUUCCAGCGCCUGCUCGAGCAGGAAGACACAGAUGGAGAUAUGCAGAUCAGCAUUUCCGACCGCGGUCCCAAAUCGAUCACCCUCAAGACCGUCAAAGGCACCACCGCCGAGGUGCGCGGCACGUACAUGCUAGCGAGUCUGCUGCAAGAAUUAGCUCUCGCCAAAGACCGCGGUGAGCGGCACAUGGUGAUUCGUGAGGCGCAGCUGGCCGAAGAUCCCAUUCAUCGACUGUCGCGCAUGAUUCGCACCAUGUUUUGGGAUAAUCUGACGCGUCGGAUUGAUGCCGAGGGUCUGGAAAAAGUGUUGCUCGAUCCCAAGAACCGGUCGUCGCAUCGUCGUCAGCUUCUGUAUGUCCCGGAGAACGAGCCGGAUAUGUUGGCGUACUAUCGCCGCGUGGCGCAGGAGCGCCCGGAUCUCAAGCUGGACGUCGAAGCGCUGCCCACGCACUUUACGCCCGAGUAUGUUCGUGACCUGAACCAGCGGCCGGGCCUGCUGGCCAUUGCGAUGGAGAAGCAGGUGGACGAGCUCACGGGCGCGGUAGACAUGAAGGGCAUCCCGUUCGUGGUGCCGGGCGCGCGCUUCAACGAGCUGUACAACUGGGACAGCUAUUUUAUUGCGUUGGGUCUGCUCGAAGACGGGCGUCUGGACCUGGCCAAAGGCCCCGUGGACCACUUUGUCUUUGAGAUUGAGCAUUACCACAAGAUCAUGAAUGGCAACCGCUCGUACUACCUGCUGCGCUCGCAACCGCCGUUCCUGACCGACUUUACGCGGCGUGUGUACGCGCGCCUGGUGGCAGACGAACCGUCGCGGGACCACAAGCCGUGGCUGAAGCGUGCGCUGUGUGCGGCGAUCAAAGAGUAUCGCACGGUGUGGAUGAGUGAGCCGCGAUGGGAUCCAGCGACGGGCCUCUCGCGGUACCAUCCCGAGGGUCUGGGUGUGCCGCCUGAGACGGAGGCGUCGCACUUUACGAACCUGCUGCGGCCCUACGCCGAAAAGUACCAAUGCAGUGUGAAUGAGUUUACGCGCAUGUACGACCAUGGCCAGGUGCACGAGCCAGAGCUGGACGAGUACUUCCGCCAUGAUCGCGCCGUGCGUGAGAGUGGGCACGACACGUCGUACCGCGUCGAGCGGCGGUGUGCGAACCUGGCGACGAUCGACCUGCAGGCGCUGCUGUACAAGUACGAAGUGGACAUCGCCGAGCUGAUCCGCGACGAGUUUGACGACGACCUGGACGGCGAGCACAGUGCCGUGUGGUUCGAGCGCGCCGCGUUCCGCCAGCGUCAGGUCGACACGUAUUUGUGGAACGAGGGCAAGGGCCUGUACUUUGACUAUGACCUGUGCCAGCAGGAGCAGAGUGUGUAUGAGAGCGUGACGUCGUUCUGGGCCAUGUGGGCCGGCAUGGCGUCCGAGGCGCAGGCGCGGCGCAUGAUGCGUGUCUCGCUGAGCAAGUUUGAGGCGACAGGCGGCCUCGUCACAGGCACCGAAGAGUCACGCGGACCCGUGUCGUUGGCGCGGCCCAACCGGCAGUGGGACUAUCCGUACGCAUGGCCUCCGCACCAGAUGCUGGCAUGGGAAGGUCUUGCGCGGUACGGCUACAUGGACGAUGCACGCCGCCUCGCCUACCGAUGGAUGUUUAUGAUCACGACGGCAUUUGUCAACUUCAACGGCAUCGUGCCGGAAAAGUUUGACGCUGUCGCCCUGAGCCACCUCGUGACGGCCGAGUACGGCAACCAGGGCACCCAGUUUGCCUAUGUGCCUCGCGAAGGCUUUGGAUGGACGAAUGCCAGCUUCCAAGUGGGCUUGACGUACCUGACCUCGCACAUGCGCAAGGCCGUCGCGGCCUGCCAGCAUCCAGACGACUUUUUCCACCGUUAUCGACAUUUGUAG